AUGGAUCCGCUGAUUGCGUCGGAGAGCUUGGCUUCGCAGGCUAACGAGGAAGGCCGCAAUGAUAAGCCUCCAGUGAGCAAGACGCCGGCGCAGGUUCAAGAGGAGAACAAGUUUCAGCGAGCUAUUGCGGUAUGGAGAGGAAUUGAUUUGGCAAACCUGAUCUCUAAACACGAUACAACGGCAUCUGAUAUCGUAUCGCAUCAGAGAGAUUCCCUCGUCCAACGAAAAGACCUGGCGCAGAAGACGAAGGACUUUAGGAAGCUUGAUGACUCGUCGAAGCUAUCGGAGUAUAAGGGGUUGCUGAAAUCAUACCAGGCGUUUAUAGAUCUCCUUACCAACCAAGGGAAAUUGGCGUCGUCUUCGUUCUUACAAUUCUACACCGCAUUAUCGGAGGCUCCAGACCCAUACCCUCUUCUCGAAGCGUCCAUCGACUCUCUAGUUUUAUCGGAAGACACAGUCCCUAAGUUAAACGCAGAGAAGGAAUUCUUACAGAAUAGUGUCAACCGUCUGACAUACCAGCUUGAAGAGACCGAGAGACGGCUGGCCGAGGAGCGUGCAGCACGCCUAAAGUUGGAAGAGAACCAGGACAAGAAGAUCCAAGAAGUUGAGGCUUCAUGGAAAGCUGCACUAGCGGAAAAGACAAGCAACUGGGAGGCAAAGGAGAAAGCAUUUGAGGAGAAGGCAGAGAAUCAUGACCGUCUUCUUAAAGAGAUCAAAGCGAGUUACGAGGUAUCCCAACGGCUGGACCGAAACGAAAACGGCGAGGAUGAUACACGCAGUGCGGCAGCAGCAGCAGCAGAGCUUGAAAUAGUCGCAUCGGACUUGGAGAGGACUAGUAUCCGUCUUGCAGAGGUUGAAGCCCGCAAUGAGCAGCUUAGCCUUGAUCUUGCACAAGCAGCCUCUCAUUCUCAGUCAGAGCAUCACUCCCGCCCUAUCGAAGAGGAUCCCCAAUACUUGCGGCUGCAAAGUGAGAAUUCUUCCCUUUUACGAAAACUGGAGGCUUCUCGCUUUGAUAAAGACGCAGAGAAGAAUAGCUGGGAGGGGAAACUUCGUCAGUGUGAACGGGCUAGCUCAAAGGUUACACUGGAGCGCGACGAACUCCGUGAGAAGCUUGCAAAAGUCGCAGAUUACAAUGACAUUAAGCGCGAACUGGAGGUUAUUAAGUCCAUUGAGUUUUCUACGGGAGAUGAUGAGCCUGAUGCUGCCAUUGACGAUGCUAAAACCUUAAGCUCCAAAGAAAACAACCUGGAGCAGUUGCUCCUUGCACGUAACAAGAAACUAUCUAAUGAACUUACGAUCUUACGAGUAUCCCACCAGGACUUAGAAGGCCAACUUGAGGCCCUCCGGGAAGAACUCUCGCGAACGAGUGCGGAGCUAGAACAGUCAAGAAAGCUAGCCACUAAGCUGGAGAAUGACCUUCUACAGAUGCAGCGCGAAACAACCAAUUCCUCCGCAAUGUCAGUGGCUGGAACAUAUGUAUCCCGAUAUCCACAUGGAUCACGUAGAGGGUGGGCAUCACCGACUUCCUCUAUCAUCUCCGGCUUUGAUAACGCGAUGUCUCCUAGUACCAUGGAGGCAAUUCGGGCAGGCGAACCCGUCGGCGGCGGCUCUGGUAUUCUCCCUAUGGUCCAGGCACAGCGAGACCGCUUUAAGCAGAAAAACGGCGAACUAGAAGAAGAGCUGUCAAAAACUUAUAGUAUCGUCAAGUCGCUACGGGCAGAAGUUGCAAGCCUACAGAAGGAUAAUCUCAGCCUGUACGAGAAGACACGGUACGUAUCUACGUACAACAGAGGCCAAGCGUCGACUUCCUCGUCUGCAACGCCGUACUCAAACAGGCCGAACGCGACUACGGUCCAGAUAGAUCCGGAUACUCCCUCAGGUCUAUCACUAGAUAGAUACCAGUCGGCGUAUGAGGCUCAGAUAUCGCCAUUCGCUGCGUUUAGAGGUCGCGAAUCCGCUCGUGCGUAUAAACGUAUGAGUGUUCCCGAACGUAUCAUUUUCUCAAUCACUAGGAUGGUGCUUGCAAACAGAGCAAGUAGAAACCUGUUUGCUGCCUAUUGUCUUGCUUUGCAUGUGUUCCUAUUCAUCAUGUUGUAUACUAUGAGCACAACCGGGGUCGAGAAGCAUGCUGGCAUCAUGCUCGAUCAUGCGACAGGGCAAAAUAUCGGUGCAGCUGACGGCAGCCCCCUCGAUCAUAUGGAUUAG